UUCAGUGAGGCGCGCGAGAUUUGUUUGGUUCACAACUAGCUUAAAUGUUAAUGCCUUUAACAUUAACUUGAAGCUUCGACACACUUCUGUCGAGUUCAGCUUGUUUGUUUUUUUUUUUUACAACUUUGAUACGUUAUGUGUCAUGCUGUGGCGUUCUAAAAGUUGACCUCACGCCGUUAUGGUGUGCCAAACAGGACCUAAUAUUCGGGACUACUUCAGCCUCGGGAGGUGGAUUUCUUCCCUUCGCGGAGCAUGUAUGACUGUUUGACAGAAGAACUUUGCAAAGAGUUGGGACAGUUGGACCCCGACUGGUUCCAGGUGUUGACCACACGAGCGUCCUCUAAGGAAGGAAACCUCUCCGAUUCGGACGACCAAGAAGAACUUUGUCCCAACCAGGAGGCAAACUUCAAGACGCCUUUGCGCAAAACUGCCGCUGCCGAUGUGACCCAAAGUCAACACUCUUCGAUUCCUCGGGUGUUCAGACGCAGCUAUGUUCCAUCCCCGGAUAAUGACGACCAACAAGAGAUUGAACCGCUGCCGUGGGACACCAGGAGUCCGUGUUUGUUUGGGCUUGCCAAGGACGCGGUCCCGCAUUCAGAUUAUGGAUAUGCACGCCCACGCACUCCCAACUGGUUUGAUCUGCUUCACACGCCACAAGUGUCCCCAGCCAGUUACGCCCAACACAUCUGCGAAAGCCUGGGCGCCGACAUUCACCCCGAUAUCUCGUGGACCAGCUCGCUGAAUACGCCGCCAGCUUUGCCUUCCACCCUCAUUAUAUCGAAGACAAUUGAAAGUCCCAGCCCGAAGACAUUUUGUAUGGGCAAGAGUGCCGUGCUGGUUCGGAAACUCUUCCCUUCUCUGUCCAACGAUUCCAGACAGGGGGUCGCGUCACCACAAAGCAAUGACUCGCUUGAGGUUCUGCAAGAUUCUGAUUUCCCAGAGGCCGGCCCUCAUCCAACGCUCCAAAAGUCCCCACGGCGAUCCCCGGAGCAGAGCAAUGGCACCCGGAGGCAGCCGCUCCCUGAGGCGAUCCGUAGCCCGACGCCCAGUGUUCCUGACGGCACCGAAAACAGCCCACCCAUGAUUUUGACCAACAGCAGUUCGGUACUGAGGCAGGUGAAGAGCGAAAGAACGAGAAGGAUGGAAGAAAAAGAACACGGCAGCAGCCCCUCGGAUGUCUCAAUUGAGUCCGAGCUUGCGUUUUCUGAGCAAAGAGAAUCUGAUCAAGCGCUAUGCAGAAAUCCUCCAGUGGAAACUGAAGAUAGUGAACUGACACCGUGGUCACCGUUGCCUCUAUCAGAAAUUCCAGCCACCACCGUUGCCACCCAAGUGGAAGAUAAAUGCCCAACACAAGCGGAGAGUCCGGUCAAAGCAUCUUUGAAGUGUGCUGGAUUCACCCAGAAAAAGACGGCAUUUAUUUACACCAUUGAUAAGGAGAAACACUCGUUAAAAAACAACUCCGUGCAAGGUCAUAAGCUGCCUGUUACGCAGAUGUCGAAAGCCAACGAUGGAGCCGGCGUUUGUAACGUCGGUGAUGGAAAGGACGAGCUUCAGCAACGGGAAGCUGUCGCAAAAGAAAAGCUGCCUUCCUUGCUUCGAGUGAACACGAAGGAUUUGGAGAUGUCGCAGCUUUGCCGAGCGUUUGCGCAAGACUUGAGUCAAAUGUCCUAUCCGGGCGCACCGCCUCAAGUGGGCCCGCCCUCUCCUCCUCCUCCUCCUUGCGGCUUCUCCCCGUUUGCCUGUCUGACUGCGCUGAGAGUUGCUCGACAGAAGGCCAAAAGGCAAGUCGGGCCUCUCGGUGAAGUACAUCUCGAUGCGCCAGCGCCGAGCGACAGUGGCUUCCUGUCGGCCGAUGCCGACGUCUCGCAUGUGACUGCGGCCUGCGCAGAAAAACAGGAACUGCGUCACCGGCGGACGUUUGAGUCCACACCUACGAAACAACACGAGAUGUGUUUGCAGGAGGUUUUACCUGGAACGUGGACUGACACCAAAGAUACAGCGCAGCCACGAGGGAGUUUCAAAGACUCGACCCACCCUCUAGUUUCACUUCAAUCCAACGGUUGUGAAAGGACGCAAGAGAUUGUAAAUGUUUCUCUUCCCUCGAUUCAAGUGUCGGGAUUCAAAACGACUUCAAACCAGAGUAUGCAAAUACCGGCAGCCGAGCCGCAGAAAGACGAACAACCCUUUGACAUGUGUGAUGCUCAGCGGCAACCCAUGAAAAGCGUCCCUGGUAAAGAAACUCCCACAACAUCCGAUUCUGCAUUGAGCCGUCCAGGAAGUCUCUCUGAAAAGUGUAUGUGGAAAAAUAGGGAUGAAAAUGGUCGUGAGAGGGAGGAGACACUGCAAGGCUUCGAUGGCUCCUUCCAACAAGUUCAAAUUGUUCCAAAAAGUCCCGCAAACGUGAGCACGGGCACAUGUCAGGCUGAUGGAGCCAUCAGUUGCGAUCGUGAUCCCAAAGAGGAAAUUCCUGCGGGGUCGUCUUCUCACCCGAGCCGUCCACCAAAAGCUUCCCAAAACAAUUUGCCGUUUGACAGUUACGACAUAAACGAGUCGAUUCAAGGCUUUCUUGACAUGUGUGAUGCUCAGCGGCAACCCAUGAAAAGCGUCCCUGGUAAAGAAACUCCCACAACAUCCGAUUCUGCAUUGAGCCGUCCAGGAAGUCUCUCUGAAAAGUGUAUGUGGAAAAAUAGGGAUGAAAAUGGUCGUGAGAGGGAGGAGACACUGCAAGGCUUCGAUGGCUCCUUCCAACAAGUUCAAAUUGUUCCAAAAAGUCCCGCAAACGUGAGCACGGGCACAUAUCAGGCUGAUGGAGCCAUCAGUUGCGAUCGUGAUCCCAAAGAGGAAAUUCCUGCGGGGUCGUCUUCUCCCCCGAGCUGUCCACCAAAAGCUUCCCAAAACAAUUUGCCAUUUGACAGUUAUGACAUAAACGAGUCGAUUCAUGGCUCCUCUUCAUUCGUCAAGCCGGUUCAGGAUGCUACAAAAAGUCCUGGAAACGCAAAUGCAGUCGCACAUCAAGUUGAUCAAGCCUUCGAAUGUGCCCGUGAUGCGACAGAGGAAAUUCCCGCAGCGUCGGCUUCUGCUUCCUGUGCCCAAAACUGCGACCGGUCCAACUGCCAGCUGACCGCCUCCCAGAAAGCUGAUGUGAAGGCGUUGUGCACUCUCCUGGAAGAAGCCGGCAGCCAGUUUGACUUCACCCAGUUCAGAACCGUCAAGUUAAAACAACCGGGCAAAGAGGCUUCCGCCCCUUCAUCGAAAGCUGACAAAGACCUUGAACCACACUUGCUGUCCGGGAUCGAUUUCGAAGACAGCUUUUGCGCAGAGCCAAAUGAGAAAACGACUUCGACCUCAUGUGGUACGACUCAUCUUGAAGAAUCCGGUGUUGCUAGGCAACCCCUAUGUGCACAUACUACGGAAAAAGAAGAAAGGGCUGAAGAAAGUCUCGUCAGAGUUUCCAAAAAAUGUCUGAAGAAAACCAAACAUUUAUUUCAGGUUUUGGAGGCGAGUACUCCAGCGCAGAAGCAAAGUGUUGAGAAUGAUCGGUCCACUAUGCGCACCUCUCGGAAUGAGCAGCAAUUUGUUGACGGCUACGACAGGGAGGAGCCGCUUCAAGGCUUCUUUUCAUCCGCCAUACCCGACCAAAGCGCUCCAAAAGGUUCUGGCAACAUGCUUGCGUCUGCGCGGCAAGAGGGCUUUCGGAUGGCCAGUGGCAAAAGCCUUUUGCUUUCGCCCAGAGCGAUGCAGAAGGCACAUUUUGUCUUCAAAGACUGCGCUGCUGAAAACGGACCGCGCCUUGUGGAGACUGAGCCUCUCAUGAAUGUAGCGGCGUCGCCGACUCUUGUCUCCUCCGUCGGUGGCUGUUCAAGCAGUAGUACUGCAUUCUGCACGGACGGAGGGAAGAGAGAAUCUGUGUCAUCUGAGGCAUUGGCUAAGCAAAGAAGCUUCUCAGGAAUCAAACAUGUUGACCAUUCGCUGGGCGGAUCCCAGUUCGCAGGAGGUAAACAGGUUUCCUCCGCUGCGCCGAAGAAAACGGAAUCCUUGCUCGAUGUUUGUCAUGAAGUUGAGGAACAUCCGGUAUGUGACCAAGCAUUUGGCAAAAGUGAUUUCCCGCUGACGAGCGGGAAGCCUCGCUCGUUUUCAGCCAAUGAUCCCUUUGACAAGCUGGGCUCCACUUCAAAGAGUCUCUCUGUUUCCGGUGGAAAGACAAAUGACGGAGAACGAGGAAAUGCUGCCAACGUGCAGGCAACGGAUGGUCAACUCGAUCCUGUUGAGAAUGAAAAGCCAGAGCAUCAAAACAGUGAAAACAGUGCAAGUUCAUGGUUGGAGCUGGAUUUUUCGACCUGGACUGGUGGUGGAUUCUCUGCCGCCGGUGGGGAAAACGCAUCGGCGUCUGCAGUGGCCUUGACAAAAGCCAAACCGCUUUUGCAAGAAGACCGCGGAGCUCACCCGAGCGCAGAAUUUAAAAACGGAACCUCCUCUUUACUCGAAGGUGUUGACCAUCAGCCGGGCGGGUUCCGGACGGCGAAAGGCAAACGAGUUGCUGUUUCCUCAGCUGCGCUCAAGAAAGCACAACUCUUGCUGGAUGAUUGCUCUGAAGUGAAGGAACAUCCGCUCUGUUAUCCAACGGCGACAAAGAGUGAGCUCCCGUCUGCUAGCGAGAAGCCCGGGUCCUUUUCAGACAAUUCACUCUUUGCCGACGACUCUCUCUUUGACAACCUCGACUGCACUCCGGAGAGUCCGUCUGUUUCUGAUGUGAAGGACGCAAAAACAGCAAAUGCCACAAUUGUGGAUAACAUUGACUGUCCAAAUGAUCAGGUCGAAAAUGGACAGUGUGAUAAUAAUGUGGCAAACUGUGCAAAUCCAUCUUUGGAUAUCGGUUCUUCUUCUUUAUUGAGUGUCGGUGGGUUCUCUACUGCCAGUGGGAACAAGGUAUACGUGUCUGCGGCAGCCCUGAAAAAAGCCAAAGAUCUUUUGCAAGAAGACGCCGGGGAUGCCCUUAGCUCCAAAAUGCAACACAGAAGCUUUUUAGGUGUCGAACGUGCUGACCUGGCAGCUGCGAGCCAAAAUGUCACCGCUUCUUCCGCUGCUCUUCCGACAAUCAAAUUCUUGCUUGACGAAGACCUUGCAGUUGAGGAACACCCGGGCUGCUCUCCACCCUUGGGGAAAAGUGAGUUCCUGUCAGCUCGUGAGAAGCCAGCUUCAUUUGCAGCCAAAAGUGACCUGGGCUCCACCUUAGAGAGUCCCGCUCUGACGCCGCAUGACUCGAAACGAGGGAAUAGCACAAGCAAAGAAACGUUGGGUGGUUGUUUUCCAAUUGCAGGUGUUACACCGAAAAAGGCAUCUUUACCCCACAAGGCGACGCUAGAAGCAGAUGCUCACUUCAAAGGUAUGAUGGACAGUCAUGAUGGAACGUCCGGAAAAGAGAAUCCGUCCAUCGUCGGCGCAACGGCGUUCACCGUGAAGACGGAUGCUCAAAACGGUCCCCUACCAAAUGGGAACAUUCGGCUUCAUCGCGAUGAGGAAAAGCCUGGAAAUCCAUCUUUGGAUGUUGCUUGUUCUUCCCUGAGUGGCGCUAGAUUCUCUGCCGCCAGUGGGAGCGCGCUACCCGUGUCUGCAGCGGCCAUGGCAGCAGCCAAACAUUUUUUCCAAGAAGACCACGAGGAUGACCCGAGCGCAAAAAUGAAACCUGGAGGCUCCUCGGGUGUCGACCGCCUCGACUGUCAAGCGGGUGGAUUUCAGACAGCUGGAGGCAAACGAGUUACCGUUUCUUCCGCUGCGCUUCCCGUGUCUGCAGCGGCCAUGGCAGCAGCCAAACAUUUUUUCCAAGAAGACCACGAGGAUGACCCGAGCGCAAAAAUGAAACCUGGAGGCUCCUCGGGUGUCGACCGCCUCGAUUGUCAAGCGGGUGGAUUUCAGACAGCUGGAGGCAAACGAGUUACCGUUUCUUCCGCUGCGCUUAAGAGAGCGAAAUUCUUGCUCGAUGAUUGUGAUUCAGUUGAGGACCAUCCGGACGAUUAUCCACUCGCAAGAAAAAGUGAGUUCUUGUCAGCUAGCGAGAAACCUGGGUCAUUUUCAGCCAAGUCCCACUUUGGCGAUCUCGGCUCGACUUCAGACAUGAUGGCCGCUGGAGAUGGAAUGUCAGAUGUUCGAGUGAGCAAAAAUAUCCCCAAGAUCCAGCUUGGAAACAAGAGCGCUGCUCCAUUUGGAGACGAUAAAAACACAAGGCAUUAUAAGAACUUGGCAAACUCCGCAGUUUCAUCAUCGGCUAUUUGCUCAUCUUCCCCGAGUGGCAGCAGAUUCUCUACUGCCAGUGGGAGGAGCCUGUCUGUUUCUGAUGAAGCAGUGAUAAGAGCCAAAUCUCUCUUCAAUGACCUUGAGGGUGAAAACCAGAAGCUCCACCGCAACGCUAGUUUGCAACAUGCCAAACGGGACGGUCCGCAAAAUGUGGGACUCCAGACGGCCGACGGCGGAAGAGCUUCUAUUGCGUCCGCUGCUCUCAAGAAGUCAAAAUCCUUCUUCGCUGAGAGUCAUGAAAGCACAAGGCAGCCUCCCUCGAAAAGAAGACUCCUAGAAGAAUUUGACAGAUCUCUCGACAGUCCGCGAGGAUCAAAUCUCUGCCCGCAAACGAGUUCUCCCAAAGGUCUAUUGAAGGACAGGCCCGUGUUCAAGUACAACGUCUCACUCGGCCCGAACAUCACCAAGCCAUCAUCGAAGAACAAGCAGCCGGCAGGGUUGACUUUGCCAUUUUUCAAGAAGACUGAGGCCCGACCGAGGAGGAGCGACAUCACAACGCCUCCAGCCUUCGUUCCUCCGUUUAAAAGACAGAGGACAGUUGUCGAACAGGAUUCCACGAAACUCUUCUCGAAAAAGACAGAGGACCCUCCCACAACCGCCUCGGACCAAAGUAUGACCAUUCCCUUCUGCGGCCGCAUCCCACCUACUGACACAUCUUGGGGUCAAGGGACGCCGCUAGCGAACGUGGAGCUGGCCCGAGACAUGCAAGACAUGAGGAUCAGGAAGAAGACGCGGCAGACAGUGAGGCCUCUGCCUGGCAGCUUGUUUCGAGCCAAAACCUCGGGAGCCACCAGGAUACAUUUGAAGGAUGCGGUGGCUCGGAGGCCCCCUGCCAAGUACACCCAGAAGCAGCUGUAUGAAUAUGGAGUGCAUCGGCACGUGUGCAACAUCACCAGCGAGACGGCGGAGGCUUUUCGCUUUCGGCUUGAGCUGUUCUUCAAAAAGGACGCCUUAACAGACGAAAGCGGCAUCCAACUUGCGGACGGCGGGCGGCUGAUUCCCAGCAAGGAUGGGACGGCCGGCAAAGAGCAGUUCUGCAGAGCCUUGUGCGACACGCCCGGCGUGGAUCCCAAAUUGCUCGCUGACGAGUGGGUGUACAAUCACUACAGGUGGAUCGUGUGGAAGCUGGCUUCCAUGGAGAGGUCCUUCCCGCAAACUAUGGGAGGCCGCUGCCUCACACCUGAGAGGGUUCUGCUGCAGCUCAAGUACAGAUAUGACGUGGAGGUGGACCACAGCCGCAGGCCCGCUCUGAGGAAGAUCAUGGAAAAGGACGACGCGGCGGCCAAAACUCUGGUUCUCUGCAUCUGCGGGGUGGUCUCCCAAGACCAGGUGGCAAACCCGUGUGCGGUGGUGUGGCUGACUGACGGCUGGUACUCGGUGAAGGCGCAGCUGGAUGAGCCCUUGAGCGCCCUGCUUCGCAAGGGACGACUGGCCGCAGGCGGGAAGCUCAUCAUCCACGGCACUCAGCUGGUGGGUUCGCAGGAAGCCUGCGCGCCGCUGGAAGCGCCCCAAUCGCUUAUGUUGAAGAUUUUCGCCAAUAGCAGCAGACCUGCGCGAUGGGACACCAAGCUGGGAUUUUACAAAGAUCCUCGGCCGUUCCUGCUUUCUCUGUCGUCACUGUUCAGUAACGGGGGGCCUGUCGGUUGCGUGGACAUCGUGGUGCUGAGAAGUUACCCCGUUCAGUGGAUGGAGAGGAAGUCGGACGGAGGCGUGGUGUUCCGCUUAGCCCGCGCCGAAGAGGAGGAGGAGGCGCGCCACAACGGCCUCAAGCAAAAGGCCAUGGAGGUGCUUUACGCCAAGAUACAAGCAGAGUUUGAACAAGAGGACAUCGAAAGCAAACGUCAGCUGAGGAGAAGGACUGUGAGUCAUCGGGAUAUUGGAAGUUUGCAGGACGGGCAGGAGCUCUAUGAGGCUGUGGGAGACGACCUAGCUGGACUUGAGGCCCUUCUGAGCGAGCAGCAGCUGGAGACGCUGCGGGCGUACAGCCGCUCGCUCAUGGACAAGAAACGGGCAGAAAUGCAGGAUCGCUACCGUCGCGCGACCGAAGAAAACACGGACGGCGGCCAAGCAAGCUGCCCUCAGAGAGACGUCACCCCUGUCUGGAAACUCUGCGUCGCCGACUCUUUGAAUCCCACCGGCCACGUUUACCAGUUGAACCUUUGGCGACCGUCUUCAGAUGUGCAGGCCUUGUUAAAGGAAGGUUGUCGAUACAAAGUCUACAACUUGGCCACGUCGGACAGGAAGAAGCGUGGCGCUGUUGGGGCACUUCAGCUCACCGCCACCAAGAAAACACAAUUUCAAGACCUCCAGGCUUCUGCGGAAUGGUUAUCAGCGUGCUUUCAACCGAGAGUGUCUACAGACUUUGUGGCUCUUCAAAACCUGGAAUUUGACCCUCCGUGCGGGGAGGUUGAUCUGACGGGAUGUGUCGUCAGUGUGCUGGAUGGAAAAGGCCCUUCCCCUGCCUUCUACCUGGUGGACGGCAACGUGAAUUUUGUGAAGGUCCUCUGCUUCAGCAGCCUGCUUCAGGCCGGCCUGGCGGACGUCGUGAAACCCGGCGCGCUGCUAGCGCUGAGCAACCUGCAGCUGAGGGGCCGGUCCACCCGGCCCACCCCCGUCGUGUACGCAGGAGACCUCACCGUCUUCUCCACCAAACCCAAAGAAGAGCAUCUUCAAAAGGCCCUCGGGCGGCUCAGGGACCUCCUGCAGGAGCAAGAGAAGUUCUUUGUGUGCGCUGAGGACAAACUCUCCCAGGUGCUCAAGAGGGACGUGUGCUCUCCCGCUCUGCCUCCGAAAACUCCACCCACGCAACACGUGUGGACAAACACCACAUCUCAGCAGCCGGUCAGAAGCCUCGGCUCCUUCACUCCACCGAGCAGGAACCUUCAGCCCGCAGCCGACACUUCUUUGUCGGAGAAAGACCCGAGAAGCUUGAAGAGGAGGCGAGCUGUGGACUACCUCUCUCGCGUGCCGUCUCCUCCGCCAUUGUUUCUCCCCCCGGGCCUGGCUGCUUCGCCCUUUGUCAAAAAGACCUUCAACCCUCCUCGGAGAGCCAGCACACCCCGCACCUUAAAAACUGUACACACUCCAAACCUGGUGCCUGUGUCUGCAAGUCCACCUGAUGAAAAGGAGGAGGAAGCGUGGGUGAACGACCAUGAGCUCGCUAUGAUUGAUACGCAGGCCUUACGUUCCAAUGAGGCACGAUAACUGCAAACUGCUGCAUUGUAAAAGGGAGCCACAAUGUAAAAAAAAAAAAGAUAUAUAUAUAUAUAUUGUUUGAAUAAAUUAUUUGUCUCUGUCCAUAUACAGUAUAAUGGAGGUAUCUCAAAGGAAAAAAAUAUAUAAUCGGGUAUAUCUAUAUCUAGGUA